AUGGCCAAGAUCAACUGGGAGGCCCAGCGAGUCGUCGUCGGCCAUGCAAGGUCCUGGUGGAAAAGGGCAACGCAAAACAUAAACAUCUCCAUCCCUCCGCGUUACCGUCCCUCGAGAAUCAUCUCCUAUGCGAUCGGCGUGUUCAUUCUGUUUCUGGGUUUGAUCAUCUUCGCAUUCAUCAAGAGGGGCUCUAUCGUCACUACCACCGGGUCCUCUUCCCAAUCUUCAACUCCCUCUUAUCAGGAUGGCGAGCUACCGAAGGACUUCAACUUACACAUCCUUGUGGCCGCGCAGCCAAAGAACCCUGCUUUGUGCCGUACAAUCACCUCGGCAAUGAUCCUCGACUAUCCUUCCUUGACUCUCCUCAAACAGCGCCCCGAGAUUGCCGCGAAACCUGCCUCGAAAACCGCCGCCUCGGGCGAGACCCGCGUUGAGAAGGUCAAAUCAAUUCUCACCUUUCUCACCAACAACGGCCGCGUCUACGACCACGAUCUUGUCUUGAUUGUCGAUAGCGACGAUACUCUGUUCCAGUUACCUCCGGAUAUUCUCAUCGAGCGCUACAAAGAAAUACAUAAACGAAACAAUAAUCGCCUGAGAAGAAAAUACGGCACCAAGUUCAUCGGCGAAGGGAAAAACCUUAAAGAAGUCCCAAAGUAUACUCAAAGAGUGCUCUUUGCCGCCAGAAAAGACUGCUCGUCCAACAUAACCGAUAGCGCAGCAUGCGCCAGUGUGCCCCAAUCACCACUACCUCCAGACAUUUACGGGGCAAGAACGGAUAAAAAACGCGAUGGCACCCAGAAUCGCCCGCGAUGGCUCGAUUCAGGUGUCGUCAUGGGCCAGGUCAACGACCUAGUGCCCCUCUACGAGAAAGUCUUGCAGGAUAUGAAUAAACAGCCGUUGCAUUCCAGCGAGCAAAUGGUGCUCACUCAGCUGUUCGGAAAUCAAGAGUAUUCCAGGGAAGUUGAAAGACGAAGGUCCAGUAGUGUGCUCAAAGAGUGGCUCUGGGAUUCGAUCGGCAUAGCAGAUUAUUCCAACAUCACCAAUGUGCGCGCUCGCAUACAACCGGGAGCCUGGCAUGAAUACGGCAUGGGACUCGACUAUGAGGGACAACUAUUCAUCAACGCGAGAAAGGCUUCGGGUGAUAUAGAAUGGCUAAAAUACCGCGACGUUCGAAAGGUGUCUAUAGUGCAGGCACAACACGGAGUUCCCAGAGAAGUACGACUGAACCUGCCACUUGACGUUGAACAAAGCGAGUUGAAUCCGUUUAAACAAUACAAGCCAUCCAGUCCGCAAGUUAUCAAGCCUGCGCUCAACACAAGUAUCGAUGUGCUCCCUCCCUCCUGGAACUUUACAUGGAAUGAUAUUCCACUGGCAACAUACAUCCAAACCGCUGCGGUCCCGGCAAUUGUGCAUACGAAUGGCGACCAAUCACUGCGCCAGGACUACUGGCUCACCGCGUGGUUCCAUCCAUGGGCGCGAGCUUUGCUUCGUAGACAUGUGCGGUCUGCCCAAACUGGAGCCACGCAGAUUUCUGCGCUGGGCGCUUCCGACGUGUUGAAAGAUCCCGGCAGAAGAGGAGGCAUGUGGACCGAUAACGACCAGUGGAUGAGUUUUGCAGAACUCUGCUCUGGUCACGAAGAGGUUGUAUUUGGCGAUGGCUUAGGACCUUGGGGCGACGAGAAGCCGAAUACCCGUCCUAUUUACAACUUAUGGGGCAAAUUGAUGGCAGGCAAAGGUCCCAAGUUCAAGAAACUAGGCGAGUUAAGAUCGGAAGCUGAAGAUAUAGAAAGGCUCGAACUUGGAAUAGAUGAUGAUGACGAUGACGAUGAAUAA